UCAGAAGUACCGCUGUACUGUUUGCUUGCUCCUUUUUUUCUGUUUUCUUCUUGUCCUUGUUUCUGGACUGAGCUGGUGGGGUCAGCUUAAAGACGAACUCAUGGGUCACUGACCUAAGUGAGGGAGAAAGGUUAAAAGGGAAAAAUGAGUUGGUCAGCAAGUUCGGAGGACUUUGUAAGAGGAGAAUUAGUAAAGAUGUUUAGAAAGACCUUGUGGACUGCUGAAGAGGACGGAGCAAUUUGUAAAGGAAAAUGGGGAGGGGGAGGUGGUUCCGUACUCUGAGUCUGGGUUUAGAGCUUUUCAAAGCCGUCCCGUGGAGCCAGAGUGUCUUUUGUCUGCUGAUACGAUCAGGGAGCUGCAGGAAGUGGAGGAGCAUGAGAGUUUUUCUGUCAACCUCUGAUCUCCGUGCUGGUCCCCUCAAGGAGACUUGAGCUGGGCUAUCUGUUUCAAUCUCUUAUGCACUCCCAGCAGGCCAGAUUGAUCACCAUGAAGGGCACAGGCCCAGUAGAAGAUGUCGGAUGCAUUUGGAGCCGGUACCUGCGAUGCCCAGCAGACGCUUCAGUCCUUCUGGCCUCGAGUCAUGGAGGAGAUCAGGAACUUAACUUUAGAUUUCCGUGUGCAGGAGCUGCCCUUGGCUCGAAUCAAGAAAAUUAUGAAGCUGGAUGAAGAUGUCAAGAUGAUUAGCGCCGAAGCCCCGGUCCUGUUUGCCAAAGCUGCACAGAUCUUUAUCACAGAGCUCACCCUGAGAGCGUGGAUCCACACCGAGGACAACAAGAGGCGUACACUACAGAGGAAUGACAUUGCUAUGGCGAUAACAAAGUUUGACCAGUUUGACUUCCUGAUUGACAUCGUGCCCCGGGACGACCUAAAGCCCCCUAAACGACAGGAGGAGAUGCGUCAGUCAGUAGCCCCUGCAGAGCCGGUGCAGUACUACUUCACCUUGGCCCAACAGCCCGGAGCCGUCCAGGUGCAAGGCACGCAGCAAGGUCAGCAGGCCGGUGCACAGACAGCUGCAACCAUCCAGCCUGGACAGAUUAUAAUCACACAGCCACAGCAAGGGCAGAUGUUGCAAGGUGCCACCAUGCAGCAGUUACAGCAAGUGCAGGUGCAAUCACAAGGCACACCCAUCACGAGCGCGCCCGUCGCCAUGCAGGUGGGUGAGGGACAGCAGGUGCAGAUCGUUCAAGCUGCUGCAGCCCAGGGUCAAGCUCAGACAGCUCAAGCACAAGGCCAAACCAUGCAGGUCAUGCAGCAGAUCAUAACCAACACAGGAGAGAUUCAGCAAAUCCCGGUGCAGUUGAACACAGGCCAGUUACAGUACAUCCGUCUAGCCCAGCCUGUCUCUGGAGCGCAGGUGGUCCAAGGACAGAUUCAGACUCUGGCAAACACUCAGCAGAUCACACAGACUGAGGUGCAGCAAGGGCAGCAGCAAUUCAACCAGUUCACUGAUGGACAGCAGCUCUAUCAGAUACAACAGGUGACGAUGCCGGCGGGACAGGAACUGACCCAGCCCAUGUUCAUCCAGUCCACCAACCAGACAACCGAUGCGCAGGUCACACAGGUCAGCACCGACUGAGCCCCACCUGGAACCCCUGCUCGACAACAUGACGCCCACACCAGCCAGACUGACGCCAACAGAUUUAAUCUACUUACCGAGGGACGACCACAGAUUUGAAAUAAGGGACCCGAGGAACUUGCAACAAAGCUCAUAUUUUCCAGAAAAUGUAGUUCACUGAAUUGAAAGCCAAAGGGACGCUGUCAGACUCCUAUCAAGUGUCAUUUGAUUCAGUCUCUUAUGAGUUUUCUUUUUGUACUUUAUCUCUGAUGUGACAUUGGGGGAAAAACACACAAGCAAAUCUGUAAAUACGAACCCUGAAGGUGUCUGCCUGGUUUCUGUAUCUUCUUGAAUGAAGGAAUUGAAUGAUUAUAAAUUUGGUCCCCUUAAUCAGCCCACUCUUGUCCUCCUAAGGUUAACAAAAGGUCAGGGAGAGAUUUCCGAGUGGGAAAAGCAGCUAAGCAGGACAGGUAGUGUAGACAAAAUCAUGCAU